AUGGAGUUUCUCUCAGGAUAUGCAGCCGCCAAGGCCCCUUACCUCACUUAUGAAGUCGAGGGCUCGCCGCAUUCGCGCUCGAAGCCGACUCGCUCCAAUUCGACAUCUGCGCCGGCGACAAAGAAGCGAUCGCGCAUUCCGGGCCACGCAAGGACCAACAGUGCGAGUACGAGCAGCAGCGGCGGCGGGCGCACUGAGCACCAGGCACCACCGCCGCACAGCAGCGCUGGGUGGCUGCAGCAGUCGUCGGCCGGUGCCGACGGCGACUCAGGGGCAGCAGCAGCAGCAGCAGGAGCAGUGGUGACGUCGACCGGCUUGGGAGACCGUGCGGACACCAUCCCCGAGCAUCAACAUCACCACCCCGCGGCUCGCCGUAAUUCGACCCGGGAACGAGAUCGGAUGCAUUCGUCACUCAAAUACUUUCAGGACAAGCAGCUGCCGGCGACGCCCCGACUUAACACAGCCGACGCGACCGCAAAACUCUUCGGCGCCGGCAGCAACUCAGAACCAGCCUCGGCUCGCACGCCGGCUUCCGCAACUACUGCGACGGCCGGCCAUACUUUUGGCAAUCCCGGCGCUGUUGUCGCCGCUGUCGCCUUUCCCGAUCGCCGGGCGCAGCACGGUGGGAUGCUCCCGUACACAGAGGCCGGCCCGGGCAGGGGGCCCGGGAACGGUGGCGCUCGGGCCGAGAGCAUAUCCAGCGUAUCCGGUGCUACCACGACGAGCAAUCGCACAGUGUACUCGAGCGAACACACAUCCGACUCGGCGUACCAGCAACGGCCCUUCGUCGUCCGCAAUGGGCGGACCUACCUCGCCGACCCGUCCCUCCCAUACCCGUUGCCCGUCGACUUGGAAGAGCUGCACCGUCAGAACCUCAAAACGAUACUCUUGAUGCAAUUGUACGGCCGCCCAAUCUGCGCCCCGGCCUUCGCCAACAAACCGCCUGCGCGGAUACUGGAAGUCGGCUGCGGAACGGGCUUCUGGAGCACCAUGUGCUACAAGCACUACGAAGCGCGCGGUCAGCACAAGGACAUAUCAUUUACCGGCAUCGACAUCGUGGCGCUGCCGCCCAACGCAUCCUCCGGCGAGCCCGCCGCCGACACGCGGCCGGACAAGGCCAUGAACUGGCGCUUCGUGCAACACGACAUACGCAAGCUGCCGUUCCCCUUUGCCAACAACAGCUUCGACUUCCUCAUGAUCAAGGACAUGACCCUCGUCACACCAACACACAUGCAACAAGCCUACAUCGAAGAAUACAUCCGCAUCCUCACACCCGGCGGCACAAUCGAGAUCUGGGAAACCGACAACCUGGUACGCAUGCUCCGCCCGCACGUCCCGGACUGCGCAACCACCUCGGGCCCAACCGAAGCCGACGACUUCGACCUGACCACCCCCUCCCCCUCCACCACCACCACCUCCCUCUCCGACCCAUACCUCAACCACAACCACCCCCCAACCGACAGCACCAACCCCACCAACGGCAACUCCACCACCGAAAAAGACGAGAUCGGCGGCGCCUACGUCAUCACGACCAACACGCCCCUGUCCACCCCCCUCAACAACUUCCUGGUCGAGUACAACGGCUGGGCGUCGCGCGCCCUCGACGCCCGCGCCCUCUGCGCCGUGCCCUGCACCGUCAUCGGCCCGCUGCUGCUGCAGGAGGCCGAGGUGCUGGCGGGGCUGGGGUCGCGGCGGCUGGCCGUGCCGUUGUCUGAGAUUCGCUGGGAGAGGGAAGGGGUCGGCGGUGUGGUGACGAAGGAUGGGAAGAGCUAUAUCGAGACGAAGGCCCGCAGGGGGGCGGGCGGGGGGGUGUCGCCUAGUGGGGGGAGUGUGAAGGAUGGUGGUGGUGGUGGUGGUGGGGCGAGGGGGUUGGAGCCGGCGGGGGCGGCGUUGCGGAGGACGGCGUUGGUUACCGUUGUGCAGAUGAUUCAGGCGAUGGAGCCGAUGCUGCGCGAGGCGAGUGGGAAGAGUCAGGAUGAGUGGGAUGCGUGGUUGGGGAAGAUGAUGAAUGAUCUGGUGAGGGAGAAUGGGACGAGUUGGGGGGAGUGUUUGGAGGUGGGGGCUUGGUGGGCGAGGAAGAGGUGA